AUUUCCUCUUCAAACUAAGCUGUAGGCAACAAUACUACUUGCUGGCGAUGUUUCUGCCUCGGUGCCUUGAUGCACGUGAUUUGCCAUCGUGUUGAUCUCAAAUUUGGUUUUGAAGUCUUGCAGCAACCAAAGCCCAGAGCUUUUUGAAUACGAGAUUUCUAGCCCAAGGAUUCCUCAUAGAAUCCCGCAGAAAGUCCGGCAAAACAAAUAAAUAGCCCUUCGUGACUGCUAACCUUCACAACAGUCUCUCACAGGCCCCGAAACCCGCCAUCCAGCUCACCAAGCAAAGGGCAAAGCAGCAAGCAUGGAGGCCCAAAUUUCUGAGGCGAUAAAGGACAACGGCUCCAAUUUUGGCGACGACGAUGUCCCUGUUAACCAGAUUACAAGCUUCAACGGUGUCCUAAAUAAGUACGUACACGUUUCGGAAACGACAAGCUCCUCAACCCAGGAGACAAAACGCCAGUUAGAUACUACCGUCAUCGACACUCAAACGACACCCAAGCGAAGGAGACAGGGUCCUAUAUCAUCAAUGACCACGGCAUCGUCGCCAUCAUCAGACGUGACAACUCCCAGCCGCAUCACCCGCUCCAAAUCCCGCUCAUCAACAACAACACCAACCUCAGCUUCACCCUCUCACACGCCUAGCUCCGAAUCCACCUCAACCCCAGCCCUCCCAAGUACGCCCGAACGACGACCGGCCUCCCGCUCUCGCUCCCUAAACCGCAAGACAUCCUCCCCCUCCUCUCUCCCAACCUCCCUCCUCAGAGACACAAUCCCCGAGAACCUCACCCUACUCCUCGUAGGCGUGAACCCAGGCAUAAUGACCGGCACAACGGGCUUCGCAUACGCACACCCCUCAAACCUCUUCUGGAAACUCCUCCACUGGUCCGGCAUAACCACCAUCCGACACCCACCCUCAGAUACCUACAAGCUCCCGGAACUAUACAACGUGGGAAACACGAACAUCGUCGAGCGAGCCACGCGCGACGCGAGCAUGCUCAGCAAAGCGGAGAUGGACGCCGGUGUGCCCGUGCUUGAAGCCAAGGUUGCCGCGAAGAGGCCCGAGGCGGUGUGUCUAGUGGGCAAGAGUAUAUGGGAGUCUGUGUGGAGGGCGCGGAAGGGGAGGGCGAUUCGGAAAGAGGAGUUUCGGUAUGGGUGGCAGGAUGAGUCGGAGAAUAUGGGCAAGAGUGGUGAGUGGAAUGGGGCGCCUGUGUUUGUGGCUACCACGACGAGCGGGCUGGCUGCGACGAUGUCUCUUCCGGAGAAGCAGGCUGUGUGGAAUGAGUUGGGGAGUUGGGUUGUGAGUAGGCGACAGGCUCAGGGUAGGAAUGCCCUUCAGGGUCAAGCCGAAGCUCAAGAUCGGACUUAGGCUCCAGAUUAAAUUAUUUUACAACCUAAAUUAUAGCCAGAGAUUUCUACGAUAUAUAGAUAUAUAUUAUUCUGGGGGAAAGCAUUCCUUUCAUGUCAUUUCAUUUCAUUUCUGUCAAUCUAGGGCUCAUACUAACGCCCUAGAUAAAGUAUGGUAGUACAAUCCCACGGCAUCAAAGCCAUCUCAUUCAUCCAUUAUCAUGCAAUAAAACAAGAGUAAAAAGAGAACCGCUCCGCUAACAGCCAUCAGGUUUGAAUACCGGCACCACGAGGUCCGUUCUGGACGUUGGUAUUUCCGCCUCGUUCCCGUUG